UGCCCUGUACGCCCCAGCAUCAAGCAGGGCAUCUUGGUCCGGGUACCCAAGACUCAAAUAGCAGCCAUUCGACGAAUUGAAUCUGGCCAGCAGCAAAUCCCGCCACCCAAAAACACAGAGGAUAGCAACCAGACUAAUCAAACAAAUAUGAACCCCACCUCUGAAGACAAAGACCCAGAAGGAGGCUCCAGUCCCAUACCACCCCAAUGAGAUAUGACAAAACACUCCCACAGCUGCGGAUCAUCCAGGUCAAUGUGGCCCGGAGUCCCUCCCCUCAUGAAGCUGCUCUCCAACUUGCUUUUGAACAAGACUACCAUGUCAUUCUUAUCCAAGAGCCAUGGGUUGUUAUGGGGUUCUUGUACGAACCCAAAGGAUGGCAGUUUGGCUAAGGCCAGCACAGAACGCAGCCAGCAAGGGGACCGAAACGACUAUUGACG